AUGGCGGACAAGGUGUUGUGGAAAAACGUCCAUUCAAACAAUACCAAAGCGGACUUUUGUGGUUUCUUAAAAGCUUUAGAUGUAUGGAUAGAAAAACCACAUGUUAUCAAUCGACGUCUUAUGGGUGCGCUUAUUGUAAAGAAAGCUCCUUUUGAGCAUUUGACAGAAAAAGAUCUUGCAUGUUUUUUUGCUGAUCAGAGGCAACAACUGCUACAUACACAAUCGCUACAAGGGAGCUUUGCCAGUGAUACAUCGAAAAAAUCAGAAAUCGGAGAAAAAAUAUGUUUAAGUAAGGGGGAAACUGAUAUAAUCGAAAUUCCAGAAAAGGAUUCUUUUACAGAUCCAGCAGAUGAUGAGGAAGGAAAUUCGAUUACACUCAGAAAAUUGUUACCUCGACAGCUCGAUAAGAGAGAUCCAAUUUGUGAAUUGGUAUUUAUAGGUAAGAAGUAUUAUAACAUUUAACAAGUUACAACCCCAUAGAUUUUAUUACAACCCCAUAGAUUUUUAUUAUGUCAUGUUUUUUCAGUCAAUUGUUCAGUAUAAAUAGCCCUAUUGGUAAAUAAAUAGCUGUCAUCAUCAUGAUGAUCUAUCAUUGUCGUUAUAUAUCCCAUUAAUAAAUUUAUUAUUGGAAACAAACAUUAAACUAUCUAUUCCACAAAUCAGAAAUUUUUAGAGCACAAUCAUGCUGUUUUUGUUUUGGGAUUAAAAAUAAGUGAUUUGAGAGAAAAAUAAUUUGCUAACAGUCCAUCAUUAUUAUUAUAAUCAUUAUUAUUGGAAACUGAACAUAACAUCACUAUGUCAGUCACUUGACCACGGUGAAGUCUUUAGUCAUACUCAACUAAUCCUUCUGUUGUUAUUGGUCAAUAAAAAAUAACAAUGAUUAUCAUUAUUUUAAGUUCAAUUUAUAAUAAUUUUGUUUUCAUGGUGACAACAUUGUCUUUUAUUAUUUAUUAUUUUCAGAAAAAAGUGAGAGGAGAGUUUACUUUUUUCCUCUUUCACCUAAAGUGUUGGAGAAAGAUAAGUACCAGGAUUGGUUAAGCGAAUCAGAGUCAUACUGCCUUUUUUAUGAGCCUCUUGCGGAAGAAAACCUUGCAAGGUAAAAUCCCUUGAAAUUUACCUUUUUAACAACUGUGCUCUCUCACUUGUGGCCAGUGUCUAUAAGACUGCAAUGAGCUAGUCUCUCUCUUUGAGCCAUUACAGAACAAUGGUUUGGGUAGACUGGAGAAUUUAUACAUUACAAGGAGGUGAUGGUUUGGGACUAGCUGCCAAGUGUUAGCCUCUGAGCCCGAAGGCCAAGGUGGAUAAUACCUUCCAAGAUCUGUAUAAUUAUUUUUCAGAUCAUAGAAAAGCAGAAACCAAUAAUAAAUACUAUUUUAUUAUUAUUAUUCAUUAAAACAUGCAUACCAAGAUUGACGUAAUGUGUGCCUCUUUAUUUGUCUGUUCCUCGGCAAAAUAAAGAUAUAAAUGGAUGUUAAGUCUAGCAGAUUUUCUUCAAAUAGCAGUUGUCAUCUAUUGACUUGUAUUUUGGCUGUUCUCACUAUGUUUUUAGGCAGAAGUGCAUCUAUUUCUUCUUUGCAAAUAGUGUGAAUUUUUCCACCAUUUUCUUCAGCUGUACAAAAACAACCAAACUAAUGCUACAUCAUUCCUAUGGGCUCCUUGUUACCAUCCCUUUUUUUCUGGCAAUAGCCUGUACUAAUGUCAUUUUAGCAGAUAUGGCAAGCAUCUCCCAAAUUUGGUCAACAGUAGCUGGUAACAGUAAUUUUAGCCAGGGGAUUUGAGGUAAUUUGAAACAAAGAAAUAUUUUGAAUUAGUUAUAAUUACCAUUGUGAUAUAUCACACACAUUCUCCACCAUGUGACAAGAGAAGAACUGGAAUUUCUAACUCACUUUAUUAAUCUCAGUAUGUUAUGUUUUGCCUUGAAGAGUGUCACUACUUCUGAGGGAUGAUAAAACAACUGUUAAUGAUGGUAGAAGAGAUGGUGUGUUAUGUCCCACAAUACAGUGGUUGCAAGAUCACUUACUUCCUAAACUCUGCAAGUGGGCAGAGGAAAUACAACCAGAUGGUAAAAGCAGCAAAGGGUCACUCAGACUUGUCCCUCUCGAUCAGUACACUCUGUUAUAUCACAGAUUAAAACAAGAUUAUGGUGAAAAGCUUGUUAAGGUAUCAAGAUGCAUGUUCUUAAACUACCAUAAAAACUCUUAUCUUGAUAUAGAAGCUAAUAUAAAGGUCUUUCUUGUCUGUGAGAUACUGUAUCCAAAAUACUGAAGUAUCUGUUAAAAGUUGUUUAGAACUACAAAAAUUGAACUAGAAAAUAACCUUUGUCUCGUGAAUUUUGUCUUUUUUUUUAGUCAGGUGCACUGGUUGUAUUUUGUACCUAGCUACUGUCACCUUUUCCAAGAUAAUGGUUUGUCUAAGUAUGGAAAUUAAUAUUUAUCCAUCCCUGGCAUAAAAGCUUUUUCACAGUAUACUUCAGAUGAAAUACAUAGGGUGGACUCAUUUGUAGUGUACAUGUAUAGCAGUAACAUGUACUCCUUGGAAAUGUUUUAGUUGUUGUUCAUUAUGAGCUUGAAAACAAUACAAAAUUCCAAUGGAGAAAUGUCACAGCUACAUGCAUGUACUGUAAAUGAAUCCCCCCAUUGUUGUAAGUUAUAAUAUUACUUACAACUAUGGGUGAAUAUCAUUUUAUCAUGUUAACUCAGUCUCCUCUUUCCCUAGAUCUGGCCUGAGAGGACAGAUCCUCAAAAGUUUGUUUAUGAAGAUAUUGCUAUAGCUUCAUACUUGUUGGUAAGCUACUAAACAGUUAAUUUACUCACCCUCACAAAGACAUCAGUAAGAGGUGAUCUUAAGAGAAUUGAUGAGUGAAGUAUCUAAAUAAUUUGUGAUUGUUUCUGAUUUGUAACCACAUAUAAACUAAAGUGUUGACAAGCUGGAACAAUAUUAUCAAGCUAAUUCCACCACUUUGGGUGGCAGUAAAAACUAUGAAAAACUGGUACACAAUCAAAAAAACAUCACUAUUGAAAUUUUGGUACUUUGUCCUUUUUUACCUGAAUUGAUAUUUACAGACUCCUUCAACUUGACUUGGGUUGACAAAAAUCAUUGAUUUAUAUGAAAUUGUCCAAUCACACUUCAACCUCAUUUCACAAUGAGUGCUAACUGGAUAGUGAUAGUGUGAGACAAAACAAAAUAUGCCGUUUGGUAUCUAAUCUGUGGUGUAAAUUGAUUUCUUGUAGGUUCUUUGGGAAGAAGAGAGAAGAAAAUUAAACCUAGAAUUUAAACAGAGUUUUGUUGACCUUGGAUGUGGAAAUGGCUUGCUUGUCCAUAUACUCAGCGAAGAGGGGGUAAAGCUGAAGUUUUGUGGUUGUUUGGUAACCAGUGCUUAUAUAAAAAAUUAAUGGUCUGCCAAAGUAUCAAUAGUCAAUAAUAUCUGCCCCAUUUUGAAAUUAUUAAUGCAGGAAAUGACAGACAGUGCUUUUGGAUGUUGUUGAAACAAUGUAAUAGAGAAGGUGUACAUGCAAAAUGCAUGACUUCUCUAAUGUAACUGGCAGUUCCCAACAUUAGUUCACCUUUCUCUUAGCUUUAUACACCAAUUUCAAUUAAGGUUGCUUCAGUAAAAAAUGAUGUAUGAUGCAUGUUUCAUAGCCCGCAGCGCAUUAUGGGAGCAACGGCGACCCUAGAAACCCAGACAGGAAGCGCUACUGACGCUACUACGCUAUGUCAGCAGAACACUAAGACAAAUGUUUCAAAACAGAAAACACUUUUUAAGACAAAAUAUGCAAAUGCUGCAAAUUUUCGACGACUUUGCUUUGCUCGGGCUUUGCUCAUGCAGGGGGCAUGCACGUGGGAAUUUUAGAUGGAGUUUUAUAAAACAAAUUCAAGGCAUUUGUUGAAUAAUAAAUAACUUAACGUUACGGGUUUAUUUUUAGGCAUUUUUUUAAACAGAAGAUAAAAAAGAAUAUUUUUGAUUUGUUUCAUUGAAAUAACCAGCAUAUGGCCCAGACACAAGAAGCGGUAUACAUGUUUUUUUAGGUCGUGAUCAGUCGUGUUGUUCUCAGUUAGUUUGUACAAAACAAGGGAGAAGAAAGAAAAUAUCCAAGCGUCAUCCUUAAAUAAAUGCUAUGUCAACAAGAUGAAAACGUUUCUGCGAAUGCUUCAGUGCUUCUACAGUAGUUGGAAUAUUUUAUUUCCCUUGCAAAUAAGUAGAUCGCUUUAAAGUAAUGUUAUUUUGUGUUAUUUAUUUAUCACCUUUUACUUUUUUACAGCACCCAGGAACAGGCAUUGAUGUGCGUCGCCGUAAAAUCUGGAAUUUGUAUGGAGGAAAAACGAAUCUACAGGUUAAUAUAUGUAUCAGCUUCAUGUAUAAACAGGCAUGCUGAGCGCCUGAUUAUUGACAUUGAAACAAAAUAGGCAGAUAGUGUAGCGACAACUGCUUUUGUUGUUUUUAUAUUGGUAGGAAAGAGCAUUAGAUCCCACAGGAGCUUGUUUAUUUCCUGAUGUUGAUUGGCUGAUUGGGAAUCACUCGGAUGAGCUAACCCCAUGGAUACCAGUCAUGGCAGCAAGGCAAGUUAACUAUCUACACAAACUCAUGAAGCUUAAAAGCGCCUUUUCCGGCACGGUUGUCUAAUUCAUCUUGUUGACUAGUUAUAACGCGAAUUUUUUCGCUAAGGAACUUGACGGUAGCGAGGUAUUUACUUGUAAAUGACAAAGUUGCUCUGUUAGUGUGCUUUCCGCACUUUUUUCCAAAGAUGCUUGCAUGCUGAUGAAUACUACAAUACUCACCAAAUUUCUUUUAACAUUGGGUUGAAACUGAAGAUUUCUCAUGUCACGCCUUGUCAACCAACUUAUCCCUGUGUAUACUUCUUCUCUUCUUCCCCAAUGUUGAGAUACGCUUUUUAUUUUCAAAUGGGUGAUACAUGAAUCAACAUUUGGGGAAGGCGUAACAUGACAAUUGUUACAACAAAUGUGACAAGUAUAACUGUAGCUCACUCGUGUUCAGGUACAAAUUUCUUUACAUCGGAGUCAAUUCUGAUUUUAUGGUGGAGUUUUUCGAACAAAAGUUGCAGAAACAAACAGGGGCAUAGUUCAUCAUAAGUUCCUCCAUAGCUCAGUGGUGAGAGUGUUUAACCCACUAAUCUUUGCGGGCCAAACAAGAGGGACGUGAAGGCAACUCCCGCUCACUUUUGCCUCUAGUCGCAAGAACACUCUUUUCGUACUAACCGCGACAUAAUAACAUGCUAAAGUAGUAGCAUUUUAAUUAUACCACUUCAGAAAGUCCUUAGGAAGCAGUGUCUACUAUUCUUUGCAUUUGGUCAUCGACUGGCCCCUGCUGUACAUAGCAUGAGUCUGAAAGAAUUUCCAACUAUUGAAUUCUUUUACUAUAGAUCGUCUUACGCGACGCGAUAUUUUGUGUUGCCAUGUUGCUUGUUUGACUUCAAUUGCAAGGUAAUUAUAUCAGCUAGAGGUAUAUUUAUAAGAUUGUAAAUCCCAUAUCUUGCUAAAUGGGCCCUUCUUCAGACAUCUCAUACAAUUAACUUCAGGGAUUCAGCAACUGAACACCACACUGUGCCGUCACCACCUAUCAAUAGGGACCUUACGAAACUACGACGGCGACGGCAGGGAGAACGUCAAAAAAACAAUAGGUUUAAUGAGCAAAACAACAACUCUGCUCGUGCAUCACGCUUUUUUGUACAUUUGUGUUCUGUCCCUGUACAAGUAAGACGUGAAAUGACCAAAUGUUAAGUUUACUUGAGAGCGGGAACGGCAAAGCGAUAGUAGUCUACUAUCUCUGUCUGAACUCGGGUGCUCAGGUGCUUCCCCCCUCUCUCCAGCUCCAACCAAAAUUCCCUUCUUUUAAGUAACUGGGCGACUUUUAACAAUCGCGAAAUGCGAGGUCGAUUUUUCGGUGACGUUUUCAUAGACGUCGCCGUUGUCGGACCGUAAGGUCUAAGAGUUAACCGGAAUGUGGUUACCAAUCCCUUAUUCAAUCGAACCUCGUUCCGUAAGCGACCACCCCAAAUGCGACGAUUUAGUGGUCGCUUACGAGAAUCUCACCAAUGAGGGACCUCUUCCGGGAAGAGGUCCCGUCACAUCUACGUUUUGGCAGAGAAUUUAUUACUUGCAAUUUCUAAGUUACGUAUACGUGUAAGUUCCAUGUUGUCACCGAAAGGUAUUUAUUCUCGGAGUGGCGUAUUACAUACAGCAAAGAAAGAGACCACAUCAUGCGUCAAGUGAUCGCUUACCAGAGGUUAACCUUGCAAGUCCCGAUAGUUACCAACAUCAAUUUUCUCCUAACAAUAUCCAUAUGUUGUCAAGAGAAAUGAUUAUGAGAGUUAAUAAAAUGAUCACUAAAGAAAAAAAUGCUUUGAUCUGUUAUUAAACUCUCUCAACUAUUUUGUUAAGGAAAUGUAUGAAGAUCAGUACGGAGAAUUCAUAUGUAGAUAUCGGGGCUAAAGGGUUAAAAAUAAUGGAAAAUUACAAAACCGUCAGGCCAAAUAGUGGUCGCGGUCGCUUAUGAGAGGUUCUAAUUAUAUGGCUAGUUUGACUGGGAAAAAUUUUGGUAUUUUGGAUAGGCGGUUGCUUACCAGAGAUAGUCGGGACCUUAAGAUCCGACGACGACAACGAGAACUUCAAAAAAGCAAUAGGUUUGAUUAGCAAAAAAAACAAUUUUGCACGCUUUUUUGUACAUUUCUUUGCCGUCACUGCACGACUACGACGUGAAAAUGCCUAAUUUCACGUUUUACAGAGGAAGUACACAAGCAAAAACGAAAUUUCCUCUCUCUUCCUGAACCUGGAUAUGGGCCUUAGGGAUUUAACUUAGGAGGGUUCACCUACAUUUGACGAAGUUAGUGACUUGGAGUAAUCGCGAUGAAGAUUGAAAGAACGCGAAUUCACUUUUUCAGCGACGUUUUCUCUGCCGUCGCCGUCCUCGGAUCUUAAGGUCCCUAGUCGCACAUGGAAGUUCGACUGGAGCUAAGUUUUCUCCCCGACAACACGUUGUUACUUUAGGGCUCUGGAGAGAAGUCCUAACUUUCAAGUCAUUUUGAUAUAUGUGUUCUCCUUUAAGUUUGUGAGGCGAAGCAAUAAGGUACCGCAGUAUAGGGGAUACCUGGAUUUUGUACAUGAAGUCGGAGAAACAUGUGGCUUUCAAGUAGAAGAGGAUUCCCUGAGGAUUCCAUCAACCAAAAGGGUACAUUAUAUAGAGUAAUACACUGUACUUUGUGCUUACCAGGGCUAUUUACGUGAGGAACGCAAACGCCGACCUCCCGUGGAACGGCGCAAAACAUGACGUCCUUUCUUAGCCACAGUACAUUGCUGCGAUGUUGCGCGUUUUACCACGCACGUAUGAACCUGUCUUGCAACAAAUAAGGUGGCAAGGGUUUUUUUUCGUGGCUGUUAAAACGCGUAACAUCUGAUCACUAUUCAACUCGUUUUGCUGCAAUGUCGCAAAACAAGUUGGACGUUUUUUGUUACCCGUUUUACCGCCCCUUAAACCUGUCUUAUGCAGGGCACGUCAUAAUUAUAAAUGGCCCUAUUGAGUGAAUAGAGAGCUGAUUGGUGAAAUAAUAAGCUAAUCACAAUAGCUACACAUGUUACACUUAUUACACUACACUACAAAUAUAGUGCCCUAGGUAUUAGCCUGCGAUCAAGCUCUGUGGGGCGCUCUGGUCCCGGUUGAUCGCAGGCUAAUACCUAGGUAUUGACUGCCCAGUUUUCGACUUCUUUUCCAGAUAUGUCAGAUCGGAAGAAUUAGAACGUAUCCCAAAGAGAAUCAAGUCCUCAGAGACAAAGUAAUUAAGGAUAUGAUACUACAAAGAGGGUGUGACGUUGACGCUUGUGUUAUUCCAGACACCCUUGCUCCAAGGACAUCUACGGGAGAAAAAGAUUUGAUAGAACCUCCCCGCAAGAGCUCCCGCCGAACCACAGGGCCGCUUUCUCAUGAAAACCCGGAAGACACGAACUGUCUGGAAAUUGCUGGACGUGAACAAAAGCAAAGCGUUUCGACUUGUGCAGUUUCUUGCAACAACAUUCGUCAAAGUGAGAGCUUCGGCCAUCAAUCAAAUUCUCCCAUAGUGUCGUCAUCCACUUUCCAGCCCCGCCCAGCAAAGGAACCAAUGCGGAACUGUACAUCUCUGGAUCAGUCACUUAAAGAUUUUAUUGUUAAUACAGUGGCUAGGGAACUUUUGGGUGUUUCACUUAAAACUGACGAACUAAGUCCUGACACUACUUCAGCAGUUAACACGAGCCAACCUUCUCGCAGUUCUUCAACUACUUGGAGAAGAGGAGGUAAGUUACAUAGCUGCUAAUAGGUUGAAGUCUACUUUUCUCCUAGAUUAAAGCUUUGAUGGCCACAAAUAGUGUGAGAAAACCCACGGAAUAAAAGCUAUUCUGAGUAGGCUUAUGCCAGAUUUGUGUCUGGAAAUCACAACUGGGAUGUGCUCGAGUAGCAUAUACUCCGUUUCCAGCGUGCUUCGGAUAUUACAAUGUCUGUGAUCUCUAAUUUCACUUUAUAGUGACAGGCAACUCAAGAACCGUCUUUUUUUCAGUUCAAUGAUCUAGUCGGAAAGAGGAAAGCUCUGUUAACUUGUGCAGUGCUGUUUGAGCGGCUUCCCGAUAAAGGACCUUAAAGCCAUCAGCUAGCGUUUCAACCGGGGGAACUCCGCAUAUGAAAGGGGUGGGGAUGCUCGUCGGAAAUUUUGAAUUAAACCCCUAAAGGAGACCUAUCUAGGCGUGGCUCAAGCUUUUUUUUGACCCCUAAACGAGACCAUGUUAAAACACAAACAAUAUAUAUAUAUUACUGUGAAAGGUUUGAAUCCAGGAGUCAUUUCAAAAGUAGGUUGAGUUUGAUCGUCCGGGUGAACGUAGUCCUGAAUAGGACUGUUGUUGUUGACAGUGACUGACGUUUCGACAACCUUUGCGGUAGUCAUCUUCAGAGUCAAAGUGAGUUGUAUCGUGAUACAACCCCCCGGGCCUUUCAAGUUAACCAAAAAAAGGUUCCCCUCACUUGUAUGGACUUCUACAACCGACUCACCCAUGAAGACAUAAGGUUAAUUAGCUUAGGACGAAGAUCGAUCACCCGGCAUGAAAUAAAAUGAAUUUUACAAUAAAAUGAGCUUUUAUUUAGCACCAUCCGGCUGACUUGUGGUAGGACACGUACUACACGUUAUGGGAGUUGCAUGGCUUCCCUCACUGUAGAUCUUCCAGGGAUCAGUGAUUGGGGAAUGUCCUCUUAGAGUCGCUAUCAUAUUAAUAUAUCGGAAGUGGCCUAAUCCAUGUUAAGCAACCUAGCCUUUGAGUGGGAGCUGGCUGGCGGCUACGUUUUUUUAUUAGAACCUCAGUGCUACUCAUAUGCAUAACAGUGUGACACAUUUGAAAAGAACGAAGAAUACUAUCAAAACAAGGUCACACACCCCCAGCGUCACUUCCACUCAAGGCAAGAAUACUCAGUAUUUUCGCCACAGAGUUUUGACGACUUUAAACCGUUUUCAAUAAAGGUUGCUUUGGGCAUUGGGAAUUACGCACUGGAAAGCUAAUGUUUGGUGGUCACUCAAGCUAAUCAUUGCAGUGAGAUGUGAUACCCAAAUGGCCAAUGCUCAAUUACCAAAACAACCUAUAUUGAAUUAGGUAUAUCCAUUUGUUAACUUCCACGUUUUAUAUUGAAGCGUUCAUCGUUUUCUCAAAUCACCCGUUUCAAAAGGAAAUCUGUUUGAGUACAAACUAAUGCAAGUUUCUUAAAUUUUCAGUUGAAAUAGGACUUUCUGAAGUGGCAAAAUUGUUUGACAAAAGCACUUUGUUACAACUGAAGAAUGAAUGCGGAGGACUUCAGACAUUAUUACGGAACCAUUAUUACAUUUUCAAGGGUAAGUUCCAGUGUUAAGAUAACAAAACAAGGAUUUUUGUAAGCGGUGGUCAAGUCAUUUUUGGUGUCAUUUAGGGCGUGCCCAAUGGCAAAUUGGUGUUCAAUGUUUUUGAGAAAUUUCUGUAGGCAGGUUUGUGAGUUUUCUACUUUUACACCGGACAGGAAAAGUUUUAAAAAGGUUUUUUUUUGCCAGCAAGAUGAACUAUUUUUGACGCACUUCAUCAAACGAGCCUUUUCUUUUAUCUUACAGUCGUAGGAGGAGUUGUUCAAAUGAGGGACUGGACGCAAGAGACCUCAGUCCCAAGAGGAAGGAAAGGUGACCUGGCCAGAAAGCAGCGAAGAUCCCAGGCGUUAUGGAAAACGUCCGUGUGCUGGUUUAACUUGCAUCAUCCUGAUGGGUGUCCUGUGUCCGUAGAAAAGUGCCCUUUUGCGCACAGUGAAGAUGAACUCAAAGAAAGGCCUACAGCUGAGUACCUCAGCAGCCUUUAG